GCAGCUGACGGACUCAAAGUCCCAGACAAAAUCGCUCCCACCCACAAGAAGCCACAGGUAGAAGGCGUGUGUUCUGGGUUUAAGUACUUGCCGUAUUCGCAUUUUUUGAAGUCAGCAUGGAAACAUCGGGGAUACUUUAACAUAUGGAGGUUUUCAAGACAAUGCCUGUGUGUGCCUUAAGAUAAGCAGCUAUUGCAUCUUUACGCAGAAGAAAAGGAAGAAAAAUGUCUGUUUCCUGUCAUAUGAAGGAGAUUUCAUGGAGUAAAUCAGAAGGAUCUCUGAUUGACUUGGAUGAUGGAAGCCCUAACUGGACAGCAGAUGACAAACAAAAUGAAUUACGUCUGAAGUCCCAUUGGCCUGGAGAAUUUCAGCAAGGUGCCCCUGGCAUGUUCAAGACAAAUCCUUUUUGGAAUGAACUAUCUGCAUCCAACCCUUUUCUUGAUGAUGUAGCUCAAUCAAGCCACAAAGAAAAAAACAAGAAGAGUAUAUCUAUCUUAAAAGAAGACCCCUAUUUAUUUUUUAGGGAUUUAAAUAAUGGGGAUUCAAAUAACAGGGAUUCUGCUGCUUCGUCUGGAGAUGAAUUAAAUAUUGAUUUUCUCUUCCUUCACAAAACUUCAAAGAGACCUGCAAAAUACAGGAGUGCUUCAGAUCUUUUGGAUAUCAUUGGGGCAAAGGUUUUUGAACCUCCUAAUACAGUUUCAUCCAAUCAUCACCUGCCUCUAGAUAGUGAAUCACUUCAGACUGAUCGAGAAGCCUAUAAAACAGCAUGGCUGAAUCAACGACAGCUGGCCCGAUCAUGCCUAGAUCUGAGUGUGAUGAAUCAGAGUCCAGGAUGGGCACAAACCCAGUCUGUAGAAACUCAUAUAGUAUGUAAAGUGAGUCAUGAAGGUGGCUCAGUGCAGCUUCCAGACUCAGAUAUUGCUGUUCAUUUCCCUGAAGGUCAUGUAGCACUUGGAGAAUUUCAAGAGGUUGGCUUACAGGCUCUCCUCGACCCUCCAUCAUCACUUAAUCAUGAACAUUCAACCACUAUAAGCCCCCUGAUAGAACUUACAUUAAGUAAUCUCAAUACAACAGAAGCCAUUUUAUUAGAAAUGAAAAUUGCAGCUGAAGUGAAAAAAGACCCAUUUAGUCAGGUUGUGACUGAAAUUUUUUGUCUGUGUGGUGGCAGUAAAGAAGGUCCAUUUGAAAAAAUACACACCUGCUAUAUUUACAAAGAUACUAUACAAGUGAAGCUGACAGAGUUAAGUCACUUGAUGUACAUUGUGGCUGUAGCCCAAACAAACACCAUUCAUUCUCCUUCAGCAAGUGUUUGGGAAUAUAUCCACAGAAAACUUUCAGUUGGGAUUUAUGGACCCAAACAUAUCCACCCAUCUUUCACUGCUGUGUUUGCGUUGUUUAGUCACAAUUACGUGCCAGAAAAGCUCAGAGUGUGUGACAUUAAAAGAGGUGGAAAGAGUAUGCCCCCUGUUGUCUUCCAGUUAUGGGGGAAGUACACAUUUAUCCUUGAGAAGCCACAAGACCUGAGCAUUUUUGUGGCCUCUUGUGAUUCUGACUUUGAAGUGAAGGAAGAAGAUCAAAGCAAAGAAAUUAAGCAGGAAAUGCUGAAAGGGGGCGGUGAGGUAGUUCACCGACAUUUUCCAUUUUCUGUUGUCAACACAAGGAAAAUACAUCUGUUUGUCUUUCGUGUUCAGAUUAAAGUCCCAAACAACAACCUGGUUUGCCACUUCUACAUUACUACCCCUGAGCCAGCUCUAAAGCUACUCCCUGGAAUAGCUAAGCAGGCAAACCGAUUUAAAAAACGCAAAGAGAUCAAAUCUGCACCUUUGCUGUCAGUGCCAAUAAUUAAAUACCCUGCCUUUCAAAAUAAGCCUCUAAAUGUUACCAGCUAUGGCAUAGCUUUAAAAACUGUGUUACGUCAAACCAAAAUUGAUUAUUUGCUGGAGUAUUUUAAGGGUGAUACAAUAGCACUACUUGGAGAAGAUAAGGUAAAAGCUAUCGGACAAGCUAAAAUAAAAGAGUGGUAUGUGGGAGUUCUUAGAAGAAAGGUUGGCCUUAUACACUGCAAAAAUAUCAAAAUUAUAACCAAAGAUCAAGCUAUAGAUUUUGAAGACAGUGCAAUCAUGACCAGCAGCCUCCUUGAACAAAUUACAUUGCCUUUUAAAAAACUGACCUACAUCUAUUCAGCAAUCUUAUCCACUGUGUCAGAAAAAAUGUAUGACUGGAAAGCUUUGGCUGAUGCCCUUGGAUUUUCACACAUGUCUCUGGCCGAUUUCAGUGAGGCACAGACUGAGAAGGAAUCAGAAAAAGUAGCUUAUGUUGUGAAAAAGCUGAAGGAAGUUUGCCACACUAACAGAAGCAGGAGACGCUUCCUAUAUGAGCUUUCUGUUGCGCUUUUGAAGCUGGAUUGCCAAGGAUUACUAGCACGCAUUACGCAGGACACUGUUGUGUUUACUGCAGCUGUAAAACUAGGGAAAGGCUGGAGAGAGCUGGCAGAAAAAUUAGCCCGACUCACAAAACAACAAAUUGAAGCUUAUGAAAUUCCCCACCGGGGGAAAAAUGGGGAUGUUCCUCCAGAGAUGAUGUGGAAGCCAGCAUAUGAUUUUCUGUACACGUGGGGAGCUCACUAUGGAGACAGCUACAGGGACAUGUUGCAAGACCUGCAGUCUGCACUGGACAAACUGAAAAAUCCUGUAACCAAACAGUGGCGAGAGUUAACUGGAGCACUGAUUCUGGUAAACUGCAUGGAGGUCCUCCGAGCAAAUGCAUUUUCAAGGAUAGAUGAAGAAUAAUAUCUGUCUGAUUUAUGAACAUGCUCUCAGAAGGGAAACUGAGCAUUUGCAUUACGAACCAUGAAUGCUUCCGUCUGUGAAAAUGACACCUACUGUGUUGGUUUUAAUAGUUUGUAGUUUUAAAAAAUUAUUUUAAACAGUAGCAUCACUUGUAUCUUUCUUUUACAUAUUCUUGUAUUUAAAGUGCAGUUUUUUUCAAAUAGGGUUGCCAACUCCAGCUUGGGAUAUUCCUCCCUACUGAUUCUAGUCUCAUUUCUGAUAAAGAUCAGUUGAGAAACCUCAUAUGGACAUGUGCAUUUAUAUGGUUGCUGUGAGAUAAUUAAGGAUGGUAUAUAAUUGCAUAUAUUAGUUGAAUGUAUUUUGUGGGAUUUAGUGGUCACUGGGUUUUGGGAUUGCUGUGGAACUAAACAUAUAGGGUUUAGCCUGUUCUCACAGUUCCGCAGGAACAAAGAGAGGUUGUGCCAUUGGCACAAGUAAGUAAGCCAACCCUAUCAACCAUUUCUAGUAAUUCUAACAACUAGUUUCACUCUGAAUCUGUUGCCAGCUACAGUGAAAUAGCCCUUUCCUGGUCAAUUUGUGGUUCUUGUCCCUUCAGUUUUAGGCAUUUGGGCUUUUUCAAUGUUUCUCUCAAUCCUAGCAGUUCAUAGCACUUUUCUGAUUUUCCUGUUGUUGCCUUACCUAUUGUUCUAGAGCACUGGCAACAUUCUCAAAACUAUUUUUAUUCUCUGCUCUUGGUCUGUUCUUGUAGGACCAAGUGGGUAAAUAAAUUGGGGGAGCAGGAGAUACAAUGGAGGCUACAUAUAAUACGGAGGUAAUAAAAAAAAAACGCUCAUCAGUCAUCACAGUUUGAGAAGGUAAAUAGUUUUUCAUCCAAAAAACGGCAGCUGCAGAAUCCACACUUCAUAACUAGAACAGAUAAUAUUUAUGUGGGAAUUAAUUGUUCAAAUUCACUCAUGCACUUCCUGAAGCAGGUGUUACAGCUGUGACACUCUGUAAGUAGAAACUUUGUAUAGCUAUAAUUCUCUCUUGUUCCCAUUCAUUAUAUUUUAUUUGAAUGGGCUCUAAUUCAAGCAAAGACAGAUCUGAAAGGUCAACAGCAUCUAUUGGGUCAAUGGCUGGUAUACCUCUUCCUCAGCUGAUUUUUUAAAAACAGAAGUACAAGCAGGGCAUUAGUUAGAUGCUUUUUUUUUUUUUAAGGCUGGUGCUAUUCAUUACACUUAGAGCAUCUAGCCAAAGCAGCUAUAGAAAGGAAGAUUUGCUUUUAGGUUGAUUUAUAAAUAUUAUUGUGCAGGCCAUUAUUACUUGCCUGUUGUAAAACUCAUUUCUCCUGUAAAAGAGGAAAAUAAAUAGGAUGUACACAUUUGUGCCUUGGAAACUUCCCCUGUUCUGUACAAGAAAAGUUGAUGGUAAAUAAUUAAUGCAAGAAGAAAUGUGGCAUUUGUUCCAUCUAAUGUGCCACUUCCGCAACUGGCAGAAAACAGCAGUUUACAAAGCAACAAAAGGUUGAAGGCUCUGUUUGGGGGGAAAUGAUGCAUACAACUGAACACUUCUACCAUUGAAAAAAGCUGCUAGUAUAAAAUAAAUGUAGUUGUAUGCAUAACUAUUGAACCCCUAGUACUGCCUGUUCAUGCAACCUUUGGGAUAAAACUUGUAUGUGUAUGUAUGUAUAGCCAUUUAUAUGGGACUGCAUAUCUCUGUGUGGGGAUGGUAUUCCUUCAAGGAUAACUUGGCAUCAAGGUUAUGUAUCUACUAAUAACUAUAGUUCUAUAUUAGGGCUAUUAUUCAUUUUUAUUCUAGCCAGUUUUCUUAAUUCAUUGUCAAAAUUUGAUAGGUUUGUUACGACUACUAUUUUCAGCUAAGAAUGUUGUGCAGUGGCUGUUUUGAACUUGCAUAGGAAUGUUGGAGUAGUCAGUAUUUUGCCUUAAUGUAAGAAAUUUUAGUUAAAAUGUUUUAGAUUCUAGGUUGGAGAUGGGUCUUCUCAAUGAUGCGCUGAGUGGUUCUGUUCUGAGAUAGUGUUUUCAAAUUGUAGUUUUUGGAGAUGAUGAUGGCUUUUUAAAAGUCUGAGCUAAUAUGUAUAUAUAUUUUUUUACAAAAAGAAAAUGUAUCAUGUAUUUUGAUUAAAUGGAUUUAUUCAUCUUUAA